ACGAGGUGACGUCAUUCACAGUAAGCCACUUGUUGAAAAGAGACAACCAAACCCAUUCUAUUCACUUACAUUUCAGUUCGGCACUCCCUAUGAAUAAUUAGCAAUCGACAACAAGCUGAGCAGUGUUCGCUCGGGCUAGCUCGCUCCCCAUGUACAGUAAUUAGCAUCAUCAUAGCGAAACGUUAACGAGCACACCAAGACAAAGACAAGACAAACCUGCUCGCUGGAACGCCAAACAUGUCUUAAUUGGUUUAAUUAGUCUCCUGAAACGCCAAACAAGUCUUGACUACUGUGAGAACGUACCAAGUGACGUCAUCAUUCGAGAUGGGAACGGUGUCACAAAGUGGGAAGCUGGUCUUCCUGGCCCGGACAAUGCGGGCUAAAAGACAACCGACUGCGCCAGCACGUUCCCACGCUGCAUCCCAGUAAGGAAGCCAUUUUGCGCACAAAUGAUCACCGCCUCGUCCGCGUACCUGAUCGAGUGACCGUUGCGUCUCCCGAGCGGGCGAAGAGCUGACGAUCGGCGGCGUGACGUUCAUCACCUUCGACCUCGGAGGACGCGUGCGAGCUCGACGGUUGUGGAAGAACUGCUUACCUGCCGCGAACGCCGUCGUCUUCACGGUGCACUGCGCCGACCACGACGGGCUCGCCGAGUCCAAGAUGGAGCGGGACGUACGCCCCAAACGUGAAAGAUUCCACCGAUUAAUUGUGAAAACCUCUGCGACUCGCCCGGUCGCUCGGCCCUGCCGGCGGACGACACCAUCGCCGGCGUGCCCGUGCUGUUGCCAGGCAACAGAAUCGUGCGGCCCGCGGUGGGCCUUUGCGCCGGACGGCCGGGUCGCCGGAAAGGUUAGGCGCCGGGCCGGAGAAACGUUUCCUGAGGAUCUAUUUUGACCGACGUUCCACCGCUCGAGGUGUUCGUGCGCAGCGUGGUGAAGAAACAACGCUACGGCGAAGGAUUCAGGCGGCCGGCGCGCUACAUCGACUGACGCCCGAUUUCCUCAAAUAGUCGCCGUUCAUUCUUUGUGAAUCGAUAUUCAAACGAGAUCUGCGUUAAUAGAGUAAUUUUAUGAUGUAGAGUUUUUUUUCUCCUUUCUUGCAGGUUUGUUGUCAAACACCCCAACAACAAAAUGAGUUCUUGUUUCCUUUCCUUUUAAAAUUAUUAUUAUUAUUUUUUUUAAAACUUUAACAGUUUUUAUAGUUACGUUACAUCUGAGAAGUUUGCUUUUUAGUUUGGUAGUUGUCAUCAUUUUACCUGUAUACGCAUCAAUUACUUCAGAUAUACAGACAAAAAAGUGUCUAAACUACGUGAAAAGAUGGAGAUGCUGCUGAAAGUGAGGAAAGUGCGGUGGGAAAAAAAACGAAUGAAGAGGAUUAAGUUCCGUGAAUAGAAAAAAAUAGGGAAAAAGUUCAUUUGUUGGCAUUCUAUUUUAUUAUUUUUAUUCGUUUUGAUAUAGUGCAAUACUGUAAAGUGCUAUUUUUCCCUAUUCGCGCUUGUUUCUGUCGUGAAUUUAAGUUUGUGAUUGUAUUCAAAAAUGAUAUACCUGACUGUAAUAUUACUGUGCAUGUAAUUUGUUGAGGAAUUUAUUAUUUCAUCAGGGUUACCGUGCCCCCUGCUGAUCCAUUUGAGGAUAGCAUUGAGUGGUGACGUCAUCGGGAGUUCCUUAGCUCCGUAACUACAAUACUCCUAAAUUCCAAUUCAGAGGACAAAAUGGUGUUCAGCAACGAUGGACGUGUAGAGAAUAAAAAUAGUUGAACGUUGGUUGUCUCGUCGAGGAAAACAACAACAACAACAACAACAACAACCUUUUGGGAGCAGUUGUAACAUGAAUUAAUAAUAUUUUCGGUGGUGACAUUUUGCCACAUCCAAGAUGGCGGCGAGGUCGCCCGACGAUCUUGGUAGAACCUGCGCUGACAGGAAAGUCCAGUCCAACUCGCUGAUGACACGCAAAACAAAAGACGAGCAGGUGCGGCGAAAAUCGUCUCACAGAAGCGACUCGGAGUCGGUGAAAGCCAAAGUCAGAGACGCGCCUUGAUUGCUUGCUGCCGGCACCUGGCAGCGCCCCUUGACCUUUCAUCAGGUCAACGUCGCAGACAUGGCGCUCUGUUGGUUCUUGUUGGUGGUCAUCGGCUCAUCCUCGGCUGACGACGAGUUCUACACCUCCAUCGGUCACAUGACGGAGCUGCUGUACACGGAGCAGGACCUGGUGGCCUCGCUGGAGGAUUACAUCCGAGCUGAGGAGAACAAACUGGAGCGGAUCAAAAGGUGGGCUCAGAAGCUGGCUGACCUCUCGGCGUUUGCCCUCGAGGACCCCGAAGGAUUCCUGGGCCAUCCCGUGAACGCCUUUAAACUUCUGAACCGGAUCGACAGAAAGUGGAGCGAGCUGGAGAGCCUGGUGCUCACCGACGUCUCUCACGGUUUCGUCUCCGACGUCGCCGUCGGGAGGCGGCGCUUCCCCGACGAGGGGGACCGGACGGGCGUGGCCGAAGCCCUCCUGAGGCUGCAGGACACGUACGAGCUGGACACCGACAGCCUCGCCAAAGGGGAGCUGCCAGGAACCUCUCGGCUCCGCGGCGGCCUGACGGCGGACGACUGCUACGACCUGGGCACGGUGGCGUACAAGGCGAACGACUUCUACCACACCGAGCUGUGGAUGUCUCAGGCUCUCCGGCAGCUGGAGCGGGGCGAGACGCCCGCGACCGUUGACGCCGUCACCCUCCUGGACUACCGCGGCUACUCCCUCUACAAGCAAGGAGAUCUGGAGAGAGCCAAGGAGUCCGCCGAGCGGCUGCUGGAGAUCGAUCCGGUAAAUGAGCGAGCCAACGCCAACCUCAAGUACUUUAAGUACCAACUGGCGAAAGAGAAGACGGGCGAGGAGACGCCGGAGACGCUCACGAGGGGUCGAGCUAGCUACGGCGGCGCGUACGAGCGGCUGUGUCGCGGCGACAGCGUCGAGUUGACGCCGCGCAGACGGAGCCGCCUCUUCUGCCGUUACCAUGACAACCGGGGCCAUCCCAACCUCCGGAUCGGUCCCGCGAAAGAGGAAGACGUGUGGGACCGCCCGCGCAUCGUUCGCUAUCACGACGUGGCGUCGGACGACGACAUGGAAAUAAUCAAAGAGUUGGCCAAACCCAAACUCGCGCGCUCCAAAGUGAGCGACGGCAGGACGAACGAAGGUUUGGCAGUUCCUUCCAGAAUCUCCCAGAACGCCUGGCUGGCCGACAAGCAGCACGCGGGGGUGGACAGAGCGGUCAGGAGAAUGGGGGACAUCACGGGCCUGGACACGUCCACGGCCGAGGAGCUGCAGGUGGUCAACUACGGCGUCGGAGGACAGUACGAACCGCAUUUCGACUUCCAGGGGGACGAGGUUCCUGAACCGUACGCACAUUUGGGCACAGGAAACCGAAUCGCCACCUGGCUCCUUUACAUAAGCGACGUGCCGGCAGGGGGCGCCACCGUCUUCCCUGAAGUGGGCGCCGUUGUCUGGCCCAUCAAGGGAUCGGCAGUCUUCUGGUACAAUCUUCGGCUCAACGGAAAGGGAGACUAUCAAACCCGACACGCCGCCUGUCCUGUCCUGGUGGGGAGCAAGUGGGUGUCCAACAAGUGGCUGCACGAGCGAGGUCAGGAGUUCAGGAGACGCUGCGGUCUGCGAAGUUCCGAUUGAGCACGGGUCAAUUACACCAAGGGAAUCUUUUUGCACUCAAUUCCAUUUGAUGUUUUGUAUAGCUGCUACCACGACAACCGUCACCUUUUUUGAGAAAGCAUUGUGUGAAAUUAAAGUGGGGCAAAAUCAAGAAGCUGCAACGUGACCACGCUCGGCUUCUUUGGUUUUCUCCACAUAAGCAGAAUAAUUGAUUAACAGAAUAUUUUUAGAGGAACUUCCUGUUGGCUGCUUGAAGAAUUAAAAGUUGUUUUGUUAC